AUGGCUAUAUUCAAACUCACAUAUAACUCGACAACACGCCAGCUAAUAAUUCCUGGGUGUGCGUCCUGGGCCGCAAUCCAAUCGAAAAUUCGGACGAUAUUCGAGAUACCGAACGACAAAAGUAUUUAUAUUUCUCUUGUAGAUCAAGAGACGCACACUCUUAGAGUUAUAGAGUCUGUUUCGGAACUGAAAAAAGCUGUGAAAUCAAAGCUGGGUGGAGGAGAUGUAAAAUUGUUGAAUUUGUCCGUUACUACUGAGAUGCCUGAUGAGACGGAGGGAAUAAAGGAUGAUGAAUUUGUAGAGAAGUCGGAGGAGUCGAAAAGUAAUAAAAAUGAACAAGAUCAAAAGGGACAUCGUCCAGGAGUAAUGCGUCGAAUAGCUACAUUCGGAAUCCCACAGUGUAAUCGAAAUCCACAAAACAAUGAUAUCCUUCGACUUCAUAAAAUCCGUUUCUCUAUUCAUCGUCUACACGUCACUCUCGUCACUUUUAUUAUUCAUCCUACUGAAAAAUUUCUUGGAGAUGAUAAAAGUGUUGCUACCGACUAUUGUUGUGCUGGUGAUGGCGUUCUGCGUCAUUUGGUCUUGGGAGACUUUUAUUGCUACUCUUGA